AUGGGGCAGUCUCAAGGAAAGCACAUUCAGGGAGAGCAACCUCAAAUGGGGCAGUCUCAGGGAAAACACUAUCAAGGAGACCAACCUGAAGAAGGGCAGGGAGGGCAAUCUCAAGAAGAGCAAUCUCAGGCAGGGCCAUAUCCGGGAUGUCAACCUCAUGCAGGGCAAUCUUAUGCAUCACAAUCAACUUAUGGUGGUUGGAAUGGUUUGGAGGAGAACUUUUGUGAUCAUAAGCUAAGUGUGAACAUCGACGAUCCCAGUCAUGCUGACAUAUACAACCCGCGUGCCGGUACAAUAACACGUCUCAACAGCCAAACGUUCCCCAUCCUUAACAUCGUGCAAAUGAGUGCUACAAGAGUACAUCUCUACCAGAAUGCCAUUAUUUCACCAUUAUGGAACAUUAAUGCUCAUAGUGUGAUGUACAUGAUCCAAGGACAUAUCUGGAUUCAAGUUGUCAAUGACCAUGGUCGAAAUGUGUUCAAUGGCCUUCUUAGCCCGGGACAACUAUUAAUCAUACCACAAAACUAUGUCGUUCUGAAGAAGGCACAACGUGAUGGAAGCAAGUACAUUGAAUUCAAGACUAACGAAAACUCCAUGGUUAGUCACAUCGCAGGAAAGAACUCAAUUCUCGGUGCCUUGCCCGUUGAUGUCCUCGCCAAUGCAUUCGGCAUCUCUAGGACAGAAGCUCGGAGCCUCAAAUUUACCAGGGAAGAGGAGCUGGGAGUAUUUGCUCCUAAAUUCAGUCAAAGUAUCUUCGAUAGUUUUCCUAAGGGUGAAGAAGAGUCACCUUCAAAGUGCAUGAACUAA